AUGAACAUGGACAUGCAGAAUCUGUUUGACAGCAGGCGGGACCGCAAGCUGCUCGAGCGGGUCUUUACGCCUGGCGCGGUGAACGAGGCGCUGCGGGACCAGCCGGUCCUGGAGCUGCCGCUUUGGAAGAAGCAGCUCCUUGGAGUCCCGGUGGAGAAGGACGAGAAGGAGAUCCUGGGCGAGGACAUGUCACCUGCGGCGGACGAGACGAACACGCGCAAAGUCCAGCCGGAGGAGCCGCAGAUUCGGGAUACCAUGGAGUCAGGGGCCUACAAUGCUGAAGCCACCUGGCUACGAGUGAAGCAGACCUUGACGAUGGUCACCAUGCCGCUCGCUUCCAUCAAUGAGCAGCUGCAGGCGGCGGCUGCAGAAGUGGAGGCCGUGAAAGAAGCCAAGAGCCGGGUUGGGGAAGUGGAGCCUCGGCAUGAUGACAAGCACUCAGAGGCCAUGAAGGACCUUCUGCUGCGCGUCCGCAUUCUGGAGGAUUCCCACGCCGGUGGCGCAGACAAGGGGGUGCCUCCUCUCCCCGGGGAGCCCAGCAGUGACGCCUGGCGCCGCAUCGAGUCUCUGGAAAGCCGCAACCGCACCAUCUCGGCGGAGAACCAGGAACUGAAGCGGCAGAUGCUGGACCUCCGACAGCAGCAGGCGCAGCUGGUGAGUCGAUGCGAUCGACAGUUCAAGUCGAUGCAGGAGCUCACCACUUUGCUGAAGAACAUGGCCGAGAGGCCGGCGCCGGCGGCGGCGGCGCAGGCGGAGAGCAGCAAGACGAGCCUGGCUGGCGAGAUUCGCGCAGACACAUUGCCACCUGGGUACCUGAAGGAAGUGGACCGGGGCCUGCUCAAGAGGUCCCAGCCUUUGCGGAACACGCUGAAGACCAAGGCGCACGACUAUUUCAACUCCCUGCACUUCAAUUCCUGGGCACGGCUCAAGGCCUCCCACAUUGAGCAGGACACCUGGCAACGAUUGCCCGUGGCAAGGAACUACCGGCUCAUACGAGCAGAGCGCUUGAAGCCGGCCCUGCCGCGCACGGAGGCCAAGCCAGCCGCGCCAAAAGAGCGUGAGAGCAAUCCCUUCCGGAACUACAAGCCGGAGAUUCCAAGGGCGUCCGAGGCCGAGCUCGAGGACUUCUUUGAGGGCUCUCCCACCAUGCAGACCGAUGACAUCGACGAUCAUGCCUUGCUGCAGCACUGGAUCGAAGAUCGAAACUUGGGCGAGUCGGAGUCUAUUGGCGGCCUGCUGAGCAACUCCAACAGCAGCCCGGUGGUGAGCGCCUCCAGCGUGGAGUUGGCCAAGCUCCUGGAGAGGUACUGCCAGAUGAUGGGCGCCAUUCCGUCUCUGGCGCUGGACAUCUUCCAGAACGCCGUGCAGUUGGUGAACUUCUACGUGCACUGUGUGCUGUGCCUCUUCGUCCAGGACGACCGGCACCUGCGCCUCUUGCUGGAAGACUUGGAUGGCCAUGUGCCGGCCACUGACCCGCGCCUGCCGGGCAGGCAGGAAGCCUUCCUCGUGCAGCGCCUCUUCCCGGAGCUGAGGCGCUCCAUCGCGCGGACGCGGGAGAUGGUGUCCUCUGCGGAACUACCUGACAGCUGUGCGAGUUACCUUGGGGUCCAGGCCCCGGUCUCGGGUAGCGUGCUGCUCCAGGCCACUCCCUUCGCCACCUUGGCGUCCCCCUCCGCUCUGUGCGGCCUGGCGGAGCGGUGUGUAGGUGUGGAGUCUGCGCGGUGCCUGUUGCAAAGCCUGCAGGUCGCGCCUGUUAUGCAAGGCAUCCGCUUCGGCCAGAGCGAGCAUGCGGUUGCGCCUGGCAUAGACGAGCGGCUGGCCUUGCCAUCAGUCCGCUCCGUGGCGUCUCUGGCCUCCGCGCCGGCCGGGAACCUGGUGCGCUUCAAGUCCUCUGGCGGAGCACUCCUUUGGGGCCAGCUGCUACCGGAGGACGGCCAGGCUCGGCGUGCAAAGGUCAUCACAGGAGUCGCAGAGGGCAACCCUUCGGCCACGGGCGGUGAGGAGAUCAUCGAGCAGGUCUUAGCACCUCUCCCAGUGGACCCUGCGCCGGCGAUCAUCAUUAUGGGCCUCAACUACCGCAGCCACGCGGCGGAGGUGGAGAAGGAGCUGCCGCGCUUCCCCGUCUUCGCCUUCAAAAACCCCGCCUCCGUGAUUGGCCCUGGUGACACCAUCUUCAUCCCCAAGGUUGCCCGCGAGAAGCCAGAGGUGGAUUUCGAGGCGGAGCUGGCCAUCGUUCUGGGCCGGAAGUUGAAAGACGCGUCGCCGGAGGAGGCGGCGGCAGCUGUGCUGGGUGUCACGGGGGCCAAUGACGUCUCAGCCAGGAGGUGGCAGGGUAAGAAGGGCGGAGGGCAGUGGUCCCGCUCCAAGUCCUUCGACACCUUCUGCCCCUUGGGCCCAUCCCUGGUGCCACUGUCAGGAGCAGGCGAUGCCCUGGCCUCGCGGGGACUCCAGGUCCGGAGCUGGGUCAACGGCGAGGCCAUGCAGGACGGCAACACCUUGGACAUGGAGUUUCAGGUGAACGCCAUCCUCAGCGCCACGAUUCAAUCCGAUUCGACUCGGAGCAAUGGAUAG